AUGGAUGAAAAGGAAGAGUUGCAUCUAACCUCUCAAGAACUACAAGUUUUAUCAGAACUUGACAGCCGCCAGUUUGGAUUCCUUAAACUCCGGGGUAGUGAGCAUGUCAGAACACGUGCCUUGGUUCUUAAGGCCGUCAAAUAUUUGGAAGGAAUGUUGGUUCAAGUUAAGGAAGAAGAGAGGGCCUGUUCUCCUGGUGCCCGAAGAGACAUUUGUAUAGAUCCAAAAACUUACUGCAAAUUGGGUCAUUUUCACUUACUUCUUGAAGAUUAUGCUAAAGCAAUGUCAGCAUAUCAGAAGUUCUAUGCCCUUGAACCUGACAAUUGGAAGGAUCCGUUAUUUUUGUACGGAUUAGGUCUCUGCUACUAUCACUAUAAUGCCUUUGAGUGGUGA